UGGCGCAAUUACACUAAUUUUCGGUGCGAGAUCAAUUACGGUCGUUAUCCAUGAAUACAUAUCAUGUACUCCUAUACCCCUAUGAUUACGUCAACUUGCGAUUUUAGCACAAGAACCUUCAAGUCUAACCUGAUCGUGACCAUUUUUUAUAUUAAUAUUUUUUUUUCUCCAUGUUAAAGCUUUAGCAUUGCAUAUUUAAAAUAAUUUGCAAGAAAUCUUAUUAGAACCAGUAUAUGUACUGUGUAUCACCACAGUCUAUGAUAAAAAUAAUGAUCCAUUAAUUGGGGUUAGUUAACCAAGAUCAAUGUACCUAACCUCAAAAGUUGAUUCGAACGCUUCGUGAGCAUCCACCUACAUUGAAGAAUAUAUUUUCACUCAAGUAUUUGUCCACUUCGUAAUUGUGUAAAGUAUUAUCGUGUCGAGCGAAAUAACAUUCAGGUAAAUUCAAUAUUGAGAAUUAUCGUCUCAAUAUGACAAAAAUAUUUCGAAUUGUCAAACGUUCAGAGUUUGAUACCGGAGUGAUGUAGGCACCGUUUGCCAAUCAUAUAAGAUGAGACCGCACUGUAUAUCAUAAUAAUGCGCCUCAGAUUCAUCAGGGCAGUUUUGGCGCUCGCGCUGAUAGGUAAUAUCAUCGUCUGGCAUAGGAUAUGGCUGCUUUUCACGGCGCAAAAUACUCUGGGUCUGUUGACUCCGAGCGUCGCGACAAACGAACACCCACAGAAACUGCAUCGGCGUUUGGCCCGUCUUGUCACCAUUGUCAUCAGGCAGUUUGAAAAUUUCGAAAAUGACGUGGCAUCGAUGGUGGAGUCCGUUUUGAAUUCUUUCCCAGAAAUACCAAUUCUGAUAGUUUGCGAUGAUCUGCCAUAUCCGCCGUUGGAGCUGAACUUUGCCAAUGAGAGUAUGAAGAAUGUUAAGCUGAUCAGCUUACGACCUGAAUUCAAUAAGUCUUUUGAGGAGCGGAAUCCACUUUUCUACAUACGUACCAAGUUUGUUCUGUUUUUGCCUGACGCAACAAGAUUGUCAACUAAGCAAGUUGUACAGGAAACUGUCUCACAUGCGUCAAACUUGGGGAUAGUUAUCGUUCCAGUGGGAAAGAUUGCCUUGCAUUGUCUUGAAUUAGAUUUAAAAGUGAAAGAAUGGAGUUUGAAGCUAACACGGGUUACAGGAACAGAAUGUGAUAGUGUCAUAGGCAAGCAUGUAACUAUGCUUGAAGCAAAAAUUUUGAGAAAACUAUCGGAUCCCUUUUUGUUGCCUUUUACGGAUGCAUUGUAUAUCCAAACAACAGUCAUCGGAGCAAAGAUACACAUAUUGAAAAAUUAUCAAUUCAACGAGGGAAAACCGCUGUACAAAAAUCAACAGACACAAUUGAAGAUGCAGCAGUUAUAUCGCGCACGGGAGCGAUUAAUGUUUGAAAAAUUGGGAAUAAAGAAAGUUACGAAAAUAUCCGGUUUCGUGGAAUGGUAUGGUUGUUCGCGGGAAACCGUAAGGUGUUUCGGUUCAGUGAUAAACGAUGUUCCAUCGUAUCUCUACCAGCAUCGAUAUACGCCGCCUUGUUGCCUAGCUGGAUUAAGAAAAGUUGCCCACCACGUUAUCGAUAAACUAGAAGAAGUUGGCAUACGAUUUUGGUUAGAGGGUCAGUCAUUGCUGGGAGCGAUGAGGCAUGGUGACAUUCUGCCGUGGGAUCAUGAGGUACAAAUCGGACUAAACCGGGACGAUCUUGGAAGAUCGCCAUGGCUGGUCAGAGCCAGAAGCAAACCGGUCGUUGAUAAUGAUGGUUUUGUGUGGGAAAAGGCGACCGAGGGCGAAUUCUUCAAGGUACAGUACUCCAGGGUGAACCGUUUGCAUGUGAAUCUGCUGCCGUUUUACGCGCGGAACGGAUCCAUGAUGAAGGAUGCGUGGUUCCUGAAGAACCGGGACUUUCCAGAGCACUUCCUCCAUCCGAUGUCGAGUAUCGAGUUCGCCGGUAGACAAGUGCUAUGUCCGAAUAAUAUUAGAGAUUUCCUAGAGCUUAAGUAUUUCAAGGGUGUGAUAGAGAAUCCGGAGUUACCUGGUAAAUUUGUCUUCAAUUAGUUUCCAAUUAGUUUCCA